UGCAGGUGAAGCUUUGGGUCCUCCCUCCCUCAUGGCUCUGCUGCGUCUGUGCGCUCCGGCUCCGGCUCGGGCUCUGCCUCCUCUUCAGGGGAGGAGCGCACCUUGUUUGGUUCAGUCGAGGACCGGACUCUGCUCCGCGCGUAACGCGGACCCUCUCUCCACGCACCUGACCACAUUCACACCGGCCCCUUCAUGGAUUCUAUAUGAACAUAUACACAUCUCUUAUAUCUUAUUCUGUAAUAUUUAUUCCUUAUGCUUGGACGUUUUUGUGCUUUUUGUGUUUCUACUUUUUUUGUUUUUCUUUUUUUAAGCGAACAAACAUUAGAAGAUGUUGCUCAUCUCUGGAAGCUCGGGGCUCAAAAGGACGGACGCAUUGUUUCACUUGGUUCUCUUCCUGCAGCUGGCGGUUUGGGAAACGACGGAGGCCAUCCACCCAGACUGUGCCCUGGUGGUUCAGCACAUGAAGGCUCAGGAAGAAUGCAACGCCAUCCUCAGACAGGAGGAGAACAACCGCUCUGCUAAGACGGGUUGUCCAACAUCUUGGGACGGAAUUCGUUGCUGGUAUCGUGCUGAGGUUGGACAGGUGGUCAGCGUCUCCUGCACCAACGUCUCCAAGCUCUUUGCGAACAACGAAGGUUACAUCUAUAGGAACUGCACUGAAGACGGCUGGUCUGACCUCUACCCGUCCUACGAGGAAGCCUGCGAGUUUGCAGAGGAUGAAGUGACAGAGCCAGAGACGACAUAUUUCUCUAACGUCAAACAGGUCUACACCGCUGGCUACGCUACCUCCCUCAUCUCUCUCAUCUCGGCCAUUUUCGUCUUCACCGUCUUCAGGAAGUUUCACUGCACCAGGAACUACAUCCACAUCAACCUGUUCUUCUCCUUCAUCCUGAGAGCGAGCGCCGUCUUCAUCAAAGACGGAGUCCUUUUCUCCGAUGAAAACCUGGACCACUGCUUCAUGUCUACGGCGUCCUGUAAAUCGGCUGUGGCCUUCUUCCAGUUCAGCAUCCUGGCCAACUACUUCUGGCUGCUGGUGGAGGGCAUGUACCUGCAGACGCUGCUCGCCCUCACCUUCGUCUUCCAGAAGAAAUACUUCUGGUGGUACAUACUCAUCGGCUGGGGUCUCCCAACAACAAUCAUUACAGCCUGGAUCCUAACGCGAAACUUCUACGAUAACAGGGGGUGCUGGGAUGACACAGAUGUGGCCUUCAUCUGGUGGAUCAUAAAAGCCCCAAUAACAGCGUCACUACUGGUCAACUUCAUAAUCUUCAUCAACAUGAUCCGUAUCCUGGUCCAGAAGCUGAGGUCUCCCGGCGUGGGAGGCAACGACACCAGCCACUUCAAGAGACUGGCCAAAUCCACGCUGCUGCUCAUCCCUCUGUUUGGGAUGCACUACAUGGUGUUUGCAUUCCUGCCAGAGAACACGGGAGAAGAUGCUCGAAUCUUCAUCGAGCUGGGUCUGGGAUCCUUUCAGGGCUUCGUCGUGGCUCUGCUCUACUGUUUCCUGAACGGGGAGGUGCAGGCUGAGCUGAAGAAGCGUUUCUGGAAGUGGCAGAUGCAGAAUUACCUGAGAUACAGCCAACGGCGGCGCACGCUGUUCACCGAGAGCAGCACCAUCACCCAGAUCUCCGUCCUGGACAAAUCCAGCCCCAAAGAGCAGCCUUGCUCGGAGGCGCACGCCCUCACGCACACGCUCACGCCCAACAACGUGCCCAGCAACGUGUCCAGCGUGUGAGGACGUCCCGUCCUGUCCCCUCCUGUCCCCUCCUGUCCUCUGUCUGGUCCUUAACAGAGACUAAAAACCACAGAGCCUGAUUGUUGAAUGUUGCGAGGUACCUUUUAAACAACACACCACUGAUCAUAGCGCUGCCUCCUCCUCCUCCUCCUUUUACCCGCAACCAACAAAUCAUUUCUCACCUUUUAAAAAUCUUUCGUAUCACACACAUAAUUACCUGCUAAGCUGCAAACUCAACAAAACAGAUGUUCCUUUUAUUAGUCAGGAGGAGCGUGAGCACCAGAGGCGACUCAAAAAUGCCUCGCAGCGGUUAACUAGACGGGAACGUCCGUCAUUUAUAGAAAUUCAC